AUGGGUUCGAGUGAUUCACGUUCACAGUCUCGUUAUAAUAUGACUGCACAAGACGUUAUUAAUGAAUGUGGUGAAAAUAGUAAAGUUAAACAAUCACAUAUUCUCGUUACGGGUGCAACGUCUGGAAUAGGUAUUGAAACCGGUCGAGUAUUAGCACUUGCUGGAGCAAAAGUUUAUCUAAUGGGUAGAAGUGAAAUAAAACUUCAACAAGUUAUUGAAAAUAUAAAUAAAGAAUUACAACAAAAAGCAACAAGUAGUUCUGUACAAGGUGUUUUUUGUGAUUUAAAUAGUUUAACAAGUAUUAAAAAAUGUGCUGAAAAGUUCAUCAGCGAAAAUACACCAUUGAAUAUAUUAAUACUCAAUGCUGGAAUCUUUAAUUAUAAUUUUACUCAAACUAUUGAUGGUCUCGAACAAGUUAUGGGAGUUAACCAUAUUGGUCAUGCUUAUUUAACACAAUUAUUAAUGCCUACUUUAAUCGCUAAUACACCAUCAAGAAUUGUUAUAUUAUCAUCAGAAUUACAUGCAGGUCCACCUUUAAAUUAUCAAGCAUUAGAUCAUAUGAGUAGUACACAAACAAAUGCAAAAAAAGAUUUUGGAAUGAUAAGAAGUUAUCAACAAAGUAAAUUAGCUAAUACGCUAUUUGCUCGUGCACUUACAUCACGUUAUAAAGAUAAACAAAUCACAGCUUAUUCACUUCACCCAGGAGUUAUUGCUACAAAUAUAACUUCAAAAGUACCAUGUGCAAGUUUUUUCACAAAAUUUAUAAAGAAGAAAUCUCUUGAACAAGGAGCAGCUACUACAGUAUUUUGUGCAUUGAAACCAGGACUAGAAAAUGAAAGUGGACGAUUUUUUAAUGAUUCUACUGUUACUGAUCUAGCGGAUAAAUGGACAGAUAAUGAUAUUAAUAUAUUUUGGGAAUGGACAGAAAAGAUUAUUCGACAACGAACAGCUAAUUUGUCAGGCACAUAA